GUAUAUCAAAGAUGGCAUGGCAUCUUUUGAAAUGUAUUUACAUAAAGAAGUUCCUAAUAUUGUAAAACUAGCUUUGCAUUUACCUGGAAUGUAUCAAGUUGUUUUUGAUUUAAUUGAUGAAGCUGCAGAAAUUCUUUUUUAUGCAAAAUAUUAA